AUAGUGUAGUUAAAGCCGUUGAGUUAAAAUAAGAUGCUUGUAUAAUUUUAUCUUUUAAAUAAACUAUGUUCGGUUUUGGCUGAUAUCUUUAACUAAGUACUAGUGAACAACUCAUAAAAAAUAUUUUUACUUAUUAAUAAUUGAUAAGCUCAUAUAAAGCAUAGUUUAAUUUUAUUUAAACUUUAGUUGAGUAAGAAGCGAUUAAAAGAGAAAUCAUCGUAUCAAGUUUAAUUCUACCUUUAGAACUCAUAUCUAAUAAGUAUUUUUUACUUAUUUACAUGAUGAUAAAGUUUUUCACACUGAUAAUUUAAAAUUUUAAAACAUAUAUUUUUAUUAUCAAAAAAAAAAAUAUAUAUAUAUAUAAGAUGAUAGAACCAGUUAAUUCAUCUUCAUCUAAUAUAUCAAUCAGCACUGAUUUAAGUGAAAAUGAGUAUGAAACUAUAAUAAAAAGUAUAAAAGUGGAACAUUUUCCUUUAGUACUUGAUGAAUCUAGUGAUCUCGAAGAUGGACAAGAAAAUAAGAAAAAAAAUAUUCAUGAGCCUGAAGAAGAAUCUAAAGAACAUAUAGUUAAAAAAUUUAAAAGAACAAUCAAUAAUAUAGAACAUACUAAACUUCUAAGAAAUAAUAAAUUAGUUGGAACUAACUUAUCACAACCUAACAAUUCUUAUAAGAAUACUUCUAAUGAUGAAAAUGAAAACGCUUCAAUUAAUACAGAGGAGCAAAAUAAUAUUACAUCUUCAAUGUGCAUAGAAUCCAGAUUGGAUCAUAAAUUACUUAAGAGUAUUCCAAAUUUAUCAUGCCUUUUGGCUCAUAAGUGUGAAGAUAGUUGUUCAUCUUGUGAAAAAUCAUUUGCAGUUUAUGAUAAUGCAAAUCACAUUGGUCGUGUACGUAAUAUCGAAAAACAAAAUUCAUUUUUAGAAAUUGCGCCAUAUCUUAAUAUUUAUUCGUGUCUCUGUGAUCGUUGUUGGAAAUAUUUAGAAAAACAAUAUAAAAUAAAGCAAAUUGAAAAAAGAAAGGGUUGUGAUAUCAACAGUCAUAAUUUAAAUGAAGACCAAAAAAAUAAUGAUGCAGAAUCUUCUAAUUUAAAGUCAAAAAAAAUUGAAGCAAAACAAUUUUAUUUGAACAUUAAAUCUAAAAAAUUAAAGAAUUACAAAAAAGGAAGAAAAUCAUGGAUGAUAAUGAUGUGUUCAGUUCAUAAUUGUUCAAAAAAUGCAAAAUACCCUAUAUCUGCUGAAAAAUUUAGAAAAAUAAAAUAUGUAUUUUCCAUGUUUGAUUCUUGUGAUAUUGUCUUAAUAGAAUGCAGCAAAACAAAGCAAAGUUUUAAGAAGUACAGCAAAGAACCUUUGUCUGUUUGUGAAGAACAUUUACAUCUAUUGGAUACUCUUAUUUCAUGUCAACUUUGUGGUGAGUUUCUCAAUGAAGAUUUAACAAUUGACGACUGGUCAAUGUAUGAUAUAUGGAAUAAAAAAUUAUUGACUGAUCAACUACCAUUAAAAUUGGUGCCUGGAAUGUUUAUUUGUGUGAAAUGUCGUUGUUAUAUUUUGGAAGAUACAUCAUAUAUUGAUUUAGGCAUUCUGAAACAAUAUAUUAAAAUAAGGGAAAAUGAGCGUUUCAAAUUAUUUGGAUCAUAUAAUACUAGUAAUGAAGAAACUGAAAACUCUUGUAAAAAAUUAGUCACUGUUAAUUCAACUAACAAUACUAUUUCUAAUUUUUCAAAAGUAACAUUUACCGAGCCAGUUAUUACAUCAACUAUUUUAUUUGAACCUGAAAGCAAUGGAUUUAAUGAAACUCUUGGAAAAAUAAAUGAAAAAUACACUGAACAACUAAAAGACUUACUGCCUGAUCCAAGUAAUUUCAAUAAGUUUACUGAUUUAAAAAAUAUUAGUUAUACAGUGUUAAAUGAACCAUGCCUAAAAAAGAAUAAAGUAGAAAUAGAUUAUGAAGAUCAUAUUUUAGAUAUUGGAGAUACAUCAUGUAAAAUGGAAAUUUGUAAUGCUAAAAAUGACAAUUUAGUGGUCUCUAAUGUGAUUUCUUUAAAUAAUUCUUCAGUUUUUCCUAAUUCAGUAUCACCUACAAACAAAAUGUCAAAUGAGUUAGAAGUACAUAAUUCAAGGCCUAAUGGCAGAAUUAUUAAAAUGAUGAAUUUAUUAAAAAAUAAAGUGAACUCUAAAUUCCAUACUAAAUUACCUAUACAUAUGGAAUCAAUGAACUCUAAUGAUAAACUUUCUGAAUUAAACAAUAUGACUUCUGAAAAUAUGUUAGAUAGUAAUAAUGUCAUUUCCUCUGAUAUUGAUGUUGAUGGUGAUAAUGAUAUUUUGCCAUUACAUGUUCGAAGUUUAUUAGAUAAAGAUGAAAAUUUGUCUAACAAUCAAGAAGAAAACAACAAAUUAGAUCUAGUCAUUACAAGUGUAUACUCACAAAAAAAUGAGUUGAAAAAAAAUGUUGACAUUAUAAACCCUAAAAAUCAAUGUAUACAUCAUGAAGAGAAUUCAUCUUCAAAAUCAUCUGACACUAAAAUAAUAAAUCCACCUCUUGAAAAUACAUCACCUAUAACAAAACCUAUUAAUAAAGCCAAUUCUGGAGAAAUUAGAAUAAAAUUAAAAAAUCUUGUACAUCAAAGAAUUUCCCAAAAUAAUAACAUUAAAAGAUUAAAUAAUACUUCUUUAUCUAGUAAUAUUUCUAAAAUAACUGAUAAUAAUUUGAGUGAUUCUUUUAACUUGAAGAAUAAUUGUUAUAGUCAAAAGUUAACUAAAAAUGCAGUUAAAUUUAGUUUCAAAAAAACUUUAGUUCCAUCAUUUUUGAAUGAUUAUUCAUGUAGUUCUUAUACACCAUCUAGUGUCAAUGAAUUUUUUGAAUCUGAAGAAUAUUUAAAUGAUGAAAGUGAUUCCGUCUCAAGUGAUACUACUCAAGCAUACACAAGCCAUAAUAAUGAAGAUAUUAAUUUCAAAAAAGUAUCCUACUCGGACAAAUUAUCUAAUGCUGAAGUAGGUUUUCCUUUAAAAUCACUUAAUUUUAAAAGGAAUUUAAAAAAAAUAUCCAAUUUUUGUCCUCCAAUCAAUCAGAAUUAUAAACAACAGUUACAUGAAAAUUUUUGGUCAGAUGACAAAAUUGUAUCUCAUAAAGAAGACUCAUUAAUAGAAGAAUAUUAUUUAGAUCCUGAAUCUGAAUUCAGUAGUAUUGUUCCUUUAAAAGUUAUAUCUAGGAAAUUUGAUUUUCCACAAAAUUCUAAGAUUGAAACUACAUUAAUUGAACAUAAAAAAUCGGAAAUAAUAAACAAUGACCAAGAUAACCCUAAGAAAGAAAUUCAUUUUUCUUUAAACAAAGUUAAUGAGGAGAUAUUUAAUCAAUUACUUAAUAGAUUCAAUAAUGAAACAGAUGUUUUCCGCUACCUUAUGGAAAAUGAACGAAUGUUGUAUGCUAAAGAAUUAAUAGUUUCAAAAAAUGCAGAUCCUAAAGUCGCCAAUUAUAUUAAUAAUCAUCUAAAAUUCUUAAAGAAAUGGCUUCAUGAUUCAUCAAAUAGAGAAGAUCAUCCACAAAAAUGUCAAAUUGCUAUUAAGCGAACUGAACAACAAAUUAGUCUACCUUAUAAUCAAAGUUCUAAUUGUAAAGCCAUUAGAUUUUUACCAUCAACAUCGCCUUCAGAUAAUGUAACAACUAGACCUAGUGAAAUAAGAAGAACUUUAGUAACUUCAAAUUCAGUACCCAUCAUUGUUGCUACAACCCAACCUACUUUUACAAGACCAUUAUCUCAGAAAUUCAAUAAAUCAACUACUUCACUAUCUAAAUUUAAUACAUUUAGACCUAUACUACCAUCAACCACACCUCGACCAGUAGCAAUAAGGUCUGGAACUCCAUUUGUAAUAAACCGACCCCUAGCAAUUCAACAAUGCCCUAAUUUUAAUAAUCAAAUGGUAAAAAAUAUUUUACAUUUAGGAAAUGGUCGAAAGUAUAUGAUUGUAAAAAAAACGAAUAUAUGAAAAUCAUAUGCUAUAGUGAUGAAGUAUUUUGAAAAUACUAAAUUUAAUUAACUUAUUUAGUAGUAUAAAAUACUUCUGUCAAAUUGCAUUAAUUUUGUGCACAACAAAAUUAUUAUGUAAAAGAAUUUUUUAAUCACAAGUUGACUUACUUUUUAAAUAAUUGUACUGUUGUUUUUAUUUUUUGGUUAUGUUGUAAAUAAAAAUGCAUACUUGUUUACAAGUUUCUA